CUUUCACUUUAGUUCUGUGCUUUGGAGGAAGCAGACACACUUGUCUCUGUUAUUCCAGCUUUGAAACUACAAAAGGAGAAUUAAGCAAACAUGAGGCUUCUUUUCUGCAUUGCAGCUCUGGUAGCUGUCAACUUUGCACAGGACACCAAUCACACUCCUCCCAAGGUCAUGGUGUAUAGCAAUGGCCCAGGAGAGUUCGGGACGGCUAACACCCUGAUCUGCCAUGUGAGCGGCUUCCACCCCCCUGACAUCAUGAUCCAGCUGAUGAAAGAUGAUGAGGAAAUCCGCAACGCCGAGCAGACUGACCUGGCCUUCAAAAAGAACUGGCGCUUCCAUCUGACCAAGAGCGUGCCCUUCACUCCCAAGGAGGGAGAAAAGUACAGCUGCAAGGUCACUCAUGGUUCGACCCCCAAACAAUAUGCCUGGGACCCUAAUAUGUAAAUGUCAGCGAAGGCCCAGAUUG